CCAACCCCUAAGGAGGAGAGGAAGGAGAGACAGAAGACUAGUCUGUCAGCGCAGAACACACACAUCCACACACACACACACUCACUGUCUGUCUGUCGGGAACAAACACGUACCAACCCAACCGCUCACACACACUCCUAGGACAUGAACACUCUCAUCCUCUCCUCUCUGCUGUGUUUGGUUUUCAGUGCUCUAGGUGUCCUGGGAUCCGCAGUGACGUUCUCAGCGGGGGUGAGCCAUGUGACAGGAGCAUUGGCCUCAGGGGAAGGGGAGGAGCUACAAAGCUCUCUGGGCGAUGAAGAGGAACUGGAUCUUGAAGAAGAUCUGUCGGGAGGAACACCUACAGACGGCUCACCCCAACUGAUGCGUCACAGUAAGGACCAAAAAGAAAAGGUCAGAGGUCAGAAAGGGAAAAGGAAUAAAGGAAAGAAGAAGAAGAAGACGAGAACCUCCACAGCCUUCAACCCUGAACACACGUCAACAGGACACAUGUCAACAGGACACACGUCAACAGGACACACGUCAACAGGACACACGUCAACAGGACACACGUCAACAGGACACACGUCAACAGGACAGACGGAGUUCCCGGCCGCACACACACACCAGACGUCAGGGCGUGUCACACAGGACCCUUGUAGCUUUUCCCACAAGGGCUACUGUAUCCAUGGGCUCUGCAAGUACAUGGCAGACCUGAGAGAGCCAGUGUGUAUGUGUAAUAAAGGAUACGACGGUGAGCGCUGUGGGAUCCUGCUCCUGCCUACAACGAACAAGGAGGACAGCGGCAGAGCAGAGGUGGUCCAGACGGUCCUGGUCGUUAUAGCUGUGGUCCUCUCGUGCGUCAGCUGCCUCGCCAUACUGCUCAUGGCCUGCACACAUUACAGAACUCAUCAGAACUUUCUGGCUACCUAUCUUGGCUCUGGCAGUGAGAAACAGCUCCAGAAAACCAGACCUUGUGACAUCACAGUGUGACCAUCAACAGAGAACUUAAAGGUCUGGAACCAUGAGAACCGGGACAACCAGAGGAGAAACCGGUUCCGGCUCCUACCCAGCGGAGUGAUCUACUGAACACACUCUACAACGCCAGACAGUAUAAUUUUCUGUAGGAGAACCAGCAUAGAACCUCCUUGAAGAACCAGCAUAGAACCGCCUUGAAAAACCAGCAUAGAACCGCCUUGACGAACCAGCAUAGAACCGCCUUGAAGAACCAGCAUAGAACCGCCUUGUUAUUCUAAUUUAUUGGAUUAUUUAUUGGUGACAGAGUGUUGUUAUAUUAGAUAUGAUUGGACUACGAUGUUGAGCAUCAUGUUCCCAUUACGUUAUUGUUUAUUUAUUAACCAGGCUGUUCCUAGGUCAGAUCUACUGUACUGGACAUAGAUGGACUCUAUCUGUUCACAAAUAAAGUCCCCCCACUCUGUUAAGAAAAGUGUGUGU